AUGGCUCUGCAGCAAAUCCGCAAUACACCGCGGCGACUCGGGAUCUGCUCCCGAUGUCUACGCCAACUUCGACGAAGAAGUCCCUCUUCAACGCGUCAUCUUGCAACUGCGACUGUUGCAACUCCAGCAGCUGAUCCAUACCAGAUUGUCAACUCGCCUCCGCCGAUAGCCCGCUACCCGGCAAGUCAACCACCAUCCCACAAGCCGCCCGAUCUCCGCAAUGCUCAGCUGAUCCGCCAAUACACCUCCCUCCUUCGCUCAACCCCUCUCAUGAUCUUCUUCUCACACUUCAAUCUCCAAGCUCGAGAAUGGAGCUCUCUACGACGCGAGCUGACCAUCGCUCUCGCCAAGUGCGACAAGCAACAAGAAACCGAUAUAUCGCCAGGAAUCAAAGUUCAAGUAAUCCAAACAGUAAUGUUCGAAUACGCCCUUCGAUUAACAGAUUACUACCGCCCUUCUCCAGCCCCACCACCACCCCACCCAACAGACCCUUCAACACCUACCUCCGAGUCUACGAUCUCAAACGUUUCCCCGAAUGACCCUUCUCACCCUUCCCUCACGCACGACCUUUCCCGCCAAGCCUACUCCGCCAUCCUCGACAUGAAAAACAAACACCCCCUCACUCCCCUCCUCCACGGGCCCAUCGCUCUGCUUACUUUCUCGCAAUUCAGCCCACCGCACUUGGCAGCCGCGCUCUCGAUCCUCGCGCCUGACAAAGCGAGUGGGUUCCCUGCGCCCAAGAGAAGGGUAAUGCCGGGAUACUAUGAUCCGCCUGUGCAGAGUGCGGUACAGAAGUUGUUGCUUUUGGGGGCAAGAGCGGAAGGGAGGGUGUUCGACCAUCUGCAGGUUCGAUGGGUUGGAGGACUGGAGGGGAUGGAAGGGCUGAGGGCGCAGCUUGUGCAGUUGUUGGGGGCAAGUCCGGCAGGGCUGGUGAGGAGUUUGGAGGCUGUUGGGACGAGCGUUUGGGCUACUAUGGAGGGGCGGAGGACAAUGUUGGGGGAAGAGGAGAAGGGAGAGUGA